AUGGCUUGUUCGCCAGGCGCCCUCUUAGGGAAGCCACCUGGUCGAAAGCUGAAAGGCAUUUCGUCCGAAUCUGGCGGUAUCAAAGAACCUGGUGGAGAGCAGAGGAGGGCCAACAGGCAGCUUGAAACGCAUUCUCUGGGCAUGAAUGGUCGGAUGGAAGCCCUCGGCGCCAAAGCCAUGGGCGAGGGGCAAAUCAGCAUCGCAAGAGGGCAGACGGUGGCCAGCCCGGGGCCCAAGUGGCCCAGUGCCUCUUGUCGAGAGUCCAGUCCGACGGCCCGCGGGGUCGGCAACCUCGAAGCUAGAGAAGCCACUGCAGGAGGUACUGGAGCAGGGCGUAACAAUUCGUCGCUCGCAAAGGGCAGGGAGCAAAAAGCCUCAAUGAUUAAUUAA